UCCAUAGUGGUGGGCCUGUUGGGGAUUCUGAUGUCCAUGAUGGGGGCCAAGUGCACCAAUUGUGUGGAGGAGGAGCGGGCCAAAGCUCGGGUGAUGAUCGGGGCCGGGGCGGCGUUCAUCUUGGCGUCUGUGACCCAGCUCAUCCCGGUGUCGUGGUCGGCCAACGCCAUCAUCAUGGAGUUCUACAAUCCCGUCAUCCCUGAGGCCCAGAAGAGGGAGAUCGGUGCAGCUCUGUACGCCGGUUGGGCCGCCGCCGCCUUCCUGCUCCUGGGCGGGGGCAUCCUGUGCUCCAGCUGCCCCCCGCAGCCCGAGAAGAGGUACGGGCCCCCAUCAAAGAUCAUAUACCCACCGAGCAGAUCCAUCCCUCCGGGUGGCUAUGAACAGAGAAACUACGUCUAAUGCGGCUUUUAAUGAACAGUUUCGAACUUUGUACGUGUGACCGUGUUCCAAACUUCGCUGAAUUUACUGAAUCUACUGUCUUGGAUUUGCUGUUUGUGAACUGACCUGUUCCCACUUAAUAGGAAAGUAGUCAUCCUUUCCUAUUAAGUAGUAUUUGGUGUCCAAGUAUGUUGGCGUGGAUCCAUCUCACCUGAUAAAGAUAUUUGUAUGUCGGCAAAGGCGUUCUCGCACUUCCAGUGCAUUUUUCUUUU